AUGAAAGAUACCAAGAAUUGGCGUGGUUCGUCUCCAAGCACGGCUGUGGACAUCACCUAUGAAGAUAUUAUGCUGACAAACGUCAAGAACCCAAUCAUCAUUGACCAAAGCUACGGCUCAAGAGGCGGAGAUUCAAAAGUUGCGAUAAGCAAUGUGCUGUUCAAGAACGUAAGAGGAACAACAAUUACAAAAGACGAAGUUCAGUUCAUGUGCAGCAAAUCAGUACCGUGCAAAGGAGUCAGCGUCGUUGACGUGGAAUUGAACUUCGUAGGUGACAAAGGAGGACAUCCCUCGUCGUCAGGAGGUUUGGUCGGAGCUCUUUGUACCAACGCCAAUGUUAUCUUCGGUGGAAAACUUAGCUUCCCUAUGUGUCCCAAAUAUAUAAGCUUUUUUGUUUAA